GGCGGAACCUAGGCAGUCGGGGCUCAGCGCCUGCCGGGACCUGUGUGGCGGCGGCGCGGGCGUAAGAGCAGCGCCUGCAGGGCAGGGCCAGGCCUCGGUAGCUGGGCUGGAUGAUGCUGUCUCAAAGUCCCAGGUCCUCAGUCUGGGACAGGAGUAUCAAAAGUCUGCCACAUGGACUGAGGAGAUGUCUUGAGUUUGAUCCUGGGAACCCAGUUGCUGGAAGGAGAGAACAGACUUUUUUUUUUUUUUUUCCUUUACAUUGUCCUCUGACCCCUGUGUAUGUGCUGUGACAUGCACGCACAAACAAAACAACUUGGUUCAGUGACAGGAACCUGGGCCAUGCAAAGCCCACUGACCAUUCCUGUGCCAGUACCAGUGCUGCGCCUCCCUCGGGGCCCCGAUGGCUUCAGCCGAGGCUUUGCCCCUGAUGGACGUAGGACCAUCCUGAGACCAGAAGUCGGAGAAGGUUGUAUUCAGUAUCCCCCAGAGUCACAGGACCAGCGGGCCCGAGCUGCUCUGAGGGAACGUUACCUCCGCAGCCUCCUAGCCAUGGUGGGACACCCUGUGAGUUUCACACUGCAUGAAGGUGUACAUGUGACUGCCCAGUUUGGAGCCACAGACCUGGAUGUAGCCAACUUCUACGUUUCUCAGCUGCAGACUCCCAUAGGUGUGCAGGCUGAAGCCUUGCUUCGAUGUAGUGACAUCAUUUCCUAUUCCUUCAAGCUGUAAAGACUGUCUGCUGUUUUCCUUGUGGGCAUUGCCACAGUAGCCCAGGCCUCUGGCUUUUCCUGGGCCAUAGAGUUCUCAGCACCUUUCUGGACUUUCAAAGCAAGCUCCAACAAACCUUGGCUUUGAACUCAGAGGAACUCCAAAUCAGAUACCAUCUAGUGCUGGAUUCGAUAACCCUGGCUCUCAAGAGGCUGAAGUGGGAAGAGCAUAAAUUCAAGGCCAGGCUGUACCACAGUGGGAGACUGCAACCACAGAUAUUCUAGGUCUCUCUUGUUGAAAGAAAUGUUCUGCCUCACACAACUCAACUUUAUAGAAAUAAAUUCCUGAGGCUAGUC